AGUCAACAGACCUGCUGUAACUGCACUCUCUUGCUGCAUCUGUUGCAUUUUUCAAAACCAUGAAAAAUCUCCAUUUCAAGGAUUUCUUUUGGAACUCUGAGCUGACUUGCACAGGAGGCUAUGAUGCCAUCAUCCAGUAUCUCAAUGAUGGCAAGAGGACAUGCAAGGAGAUGGAGGACUUCAUGAAAGCCAGGGCAUCAAUUGAAGAAAAGUAUGCCAAAGAUCUCCUUAGUUUGUCCAAGAAGGUGUGUGGACACAAUGAGAUGAACACGUUAAAAAGAUCCCUGGACGUGUUCAAAUUACAGACCGAACAUGUGAGUUUGUCACACUUACAACUGGCACAGAGCAUGAGAGAAGAGGCCAAGAAGCUGGAGGAAUUCAGAGAAAAACAAAGAGAAGUGAAGAAAAAGAUGGAACUACAUAUGGACGCUCUCCACAAACAAAAGUCUUCACAUUACAAGAAGACAUUGGAUUCAAAGAAGACGUAUGACCAGAAGUGCAGAGAUAAAGAAGAAGCAGAUCAGAACGUGAACCGAAACACCAAUAACACCAAGAACAUGGAGAAGCUCUCAUCAAAAGCGCAGCAAGCAAAGCAGAAUGCAGAGGAAGCAGACAAGAUAUACCACCAGAACGUGGCUUCACUGGGAAAGGUUAGAGAUGAAUGGCUGAAGGAGCACAUCAAGGCCUGCGAUAUGUUUGAAAAACAGGCCACAGAGCGGAUCAGCUUUCUGAGAAACACAGUCUGGACUCACCUCAACCAAAUGUCCCAGCAGUGUGUGAACAGUGAUGAGUUGUAUGAGGAAGUGAGGAAAUCGCUGGAACAGUGCAACGUUCAGGAAGAUAUUGAGCACUUUGUGAACCUUAGACGGACCGGUGACAAACCACCAGCCCCAGUUAUGUACGAGAACUUCUACAGUGGUCAGAAGCCUCAAGCUGGAGCUCCACCCCCUCGACAGCCUCCACCAGUCAUCAGGAGAGGGCCAUUACCUAAUCCCACGCAAAACAGCACCGGAGACAUAAUCUACUCAACCGUGCAAGACACAGAGUACAGUGUUGUCCAGUACUAACAGAAGAGUCAUUGUUGAUCCUGUGCAAUGCUGGAGCUUCAUAAUGGACGUUAAGGCUACAUACUCCUCAUCACUUCCUCCUUUAUGAUUUCCUGUAAAGAUAAGGCUUUACCAGAAAUUCAGUGUCAUAUACAUAUAUAUGACGGUGAGGUUUGUAGCAUUUUGAAAAUAUCACUGUGUUAUAAGCAGUUCAGAAAACAUCAUUAUUUUUAUUUUUAUAUUCUUGUGUCAAUCAGAACAUGCUAAAAAUGAGACUCAGUAUUUUUAGAAAUAGGAACCCUUACAAUACAGAAGCUAAUUAGACAAUAAAAACAUAAAACCAGCUAAUCACUAUAUAAAAAUAAGUCAAAUCUGCUGUUCAGAUAUCAAGCCUCUUUAUUACCCACAUUAAUGUGCAACACUAUACUCUGCAUCAUUGCAUCCUAUUUAUCUUCAGUUUUGUAUUUAUUUUUGGGUCUGCACUUGAUUCACAAAAUGAGGUAAAGUGUCACCUGUUUACUUGUUUUCAUUUCCUCUUAAAUGUGAGAGUAGCAGGUCAGCUGACUGUCAUCUUGUGAUUAGAAGCUAAAGGCUUACUGUUAUUUAUCUGUAGCGUGCAGUAUAUGGAUUACACACUCUGCAUCCUAACAUAUUGAGUCUUUGUGUUGGCUUUAUGUGCUGAGCAGGGUCAUUUUAAUUGUAACAGAGCUAGUGUGCCCCACAUUGACAUGCCAAUAACUUAAAUACAUAUUGAUAUUUUCUGCAUACCUGAGGAUGAUUGUGGGAACAUUUGCACAUUUAUUUUGCUUUAUUUAUGUCAUAGAGCACAUGAACUGUGAAAGGAAAAUGCUACUGAAACUGCAGGAGAGAUUAUUAUAUAUGGCAUUGCACUGUGCAAAUAACCUGGUGUUGGUUUUAUAUCAAUAAAGUUAUUGUUCUUCACAGCACUUGAAGUCUGAACGUUUCUCUGUUUGUCUUCUUGUUUUCAUAAUUGCUUCUGGCAGGUGACAGAUUAGAUGUUUUCAUCACUGACCUGGGUGUGGUGACCUGC